CUUUCACCCCUUCCAGUCCGGACACUUUCCCCCCCUUCCAGUCCGGACACUUUCCCCCCCUUCCAGUCCGGACACUUUCCCCCCCUUCCAGUCCGGACACUUUCCCCCCCUUCCAGUCCGGACACUUUCACCCCCUUCCAGUCCGGACACUUUCCCCCCCCUUCCAGUCCGGACACUUUCCCCCCCUUCCAGUCCGGACACUUUCACCCCCUUCCAGUCCGGACACUUUCCACCCCCUUCCAGUCCGGACACUUUCCCCCCCUUCCUUCCGGACACUUUCCCCCCCUUCCUGUCCGGACACUCCCCCCCCCCUUCCAGUCCGGACACUUUCCCCCCCUUCCAGUCCGGACACUUUCCCCCCCUUCC